UCACUGGACCAACCCAUCGACCUCACUGAAUAAAGGGAGAAUGACCCCGAUAAAGAAAAAUCAUGUCUGCCUUUUUGAUUUGACGUUUGCUUUUGCGCAUGGAUAAGAUUGAAUGAGAAAUCUGGUAUUCACCGAAAAGCGGAUACUAAAGGUUUUUAGAAUUCAUACUUUUCAUUUCAUUUGCUGUGAAAUUCUUGUCAGUGGUGGCAGUCGAAUUUUCCGAGGUAACAACACAUGCAUGGUUAUUGAGUGGUUUCAUUAACUGAUGAUUGCCGAUCCCUAUACUGUGAACGCCAUGUUCGAUCAGACCGUCUACCUAUGCAACGCCUCGGACAGGAAAAUCUACGUCCGAGCGGUCUACGAAAAGUGGCAGAAGCUGAAAUUGUCCGCGGAGCUGAAAGCGCCCGUCGGGGGCGGUAACGUCGCGGCAGGCUUCGAUUACGAGCAGGCUAGUAACCUAUCCGAGGGAUUCACGUCGGUAGCCCCCCACCACACGCUCAAGAUGAUCGGCACCUUCUUCUCGGCUUGGGCUAAGGCUCUACCGCCUAAAGGCGUAGAUGCUGACGGAUAUGAAGCCGGAGAUGAUGGCGUGUAUAUGCUUAAGGAAACGAUCCGCAUCAGUCGUAACUACCGAGUCCCAGGCAACCAUUCCAUCAUUGUUACACCGCAGCGUACUGUGCAGGUAGUCCACGGGCGUAAGCAGUGGAAGAACCGCUGCAGGGAGUUCUGCCCAUUCAUGUUCGAAGACAAAGAACGUCGUUUCAAAUUGCCUGGUGGAAAGCAUACACGACUUAAAGAGCCUUGUCCAGUCUGUGGCCGGGGAGAGCGCGCUUCCUCGGCUCCAUAAACCCAUUCAAAAGGAGUGACGGUGUGUUAGUUUUUUUUUCUUCAUCAGUGGCGACAAUCUGACAGCAAACCUGAAAUCGUCUUGAAAUAUGUAGCCAUGGUUUGGGAAAAUUGUCACAUGAUAAGAGACAUUUGCCAAUCGUGUAACAUGUAACUGCUCCUUCUGUAAGUUGUAGGCGUUAUAUUUACGGUUCUAGUGCCUUUGGGGAUUUAUUCAUAUCCCCUCAUGUCCCAACUUUCUCAAUACUAUACGAGAACACAGUGAUUGUUUUAAAGUAGGGGAAACAGAACACGACUUUUGCACACAACAAAAAAGGGGGAGAAAAAGGCCGGACAAUUCAAUUAUAAUUGGCUUAGGGAUGCCUCUGCGUACCUAUUCUCCUUAUAAGAAUGAUCGUAUAACAUAAAGCCUGAAACUGUGGCCAAACUGAGUUCCUAUUCUCACUUUUCCAUCCAUUGCGUUUUCUGAGCUGAAAUUGCAUUUGUUUGGUAAGAAGUACUGGUACAUUAUAUGGCUAUCCACGAAUUAUCAUUCGCAUUUCCCAUAAAAAAAGAGGAACUGGAGCCCGAUACGAACGUGCAGAAAUUUCUCAAUGGUUGUGCACUGUACCCUGACUCGUUUAACGUUUAAAAUGAUACUGACCCUCCGGACAUACAUGUACGUCUGCUCUAUUAAUGCUAGCAUAGUGACCGUUUUAGCCGAUUUUCAGCUAACUUUGACAUUG